GAAGGGGGGAACUCUGUGGUCAGGGAACUGCUCGCUGAACACAGCUGCGCACUGCUGUCAGAGCGUCCGAUCCCCAGCUCACGGCCCCUCAGCCUUUUGUACAAGAUGAUUCCAGCAGUGGUCUUGCUCUUACUCCUUUUGGUUGACCAAGCAGCGGCCCUGGGAGAGCCUCAGCUCUGCUAUAUCCUGGAUGCGAUCCUGUUUUUAUAUGGUAUUAUCCUUACCCUGCUCUACUGUCGACUCAAGAUCCAGAUGCGAAAGGCAGCUAUAGCCAGCUAUGAGAAAUCGGAUAGCGUUUACACGGGCCUGAGCACCCGGACCCAAGAAACUUACGAGACCCUGAAGCAUGAGAAACCUCCGCAGUAGCUUUAGAACAGAUGACCUUGGUCAUUUUCUUCUUCCCCUCCUAGUCCUCCUCCCCACCCUCAUGGUUGGCAUCCACAUAUGCCCGCCAACCCCAUCAUUAAUGCCCCCUGACCCCAUCCCUGUAAUGGCCCUGUGUCCCUCAUUAACAUUCACCAGUGGUUCCUCCUCCCUGUCAAAGACAUAGGUUCACAAUGCUUUUCAUUAAUAAUAUUUACAUUCUAGUCUCACCCUUUUGCCCCACCCUUCUCUUCCUCACAUCCCCUAACUCUUAAGCAAUGGGAGAGGAGUACCCCCAAUAAAGCCACCACAGAUUUA